GCUUAUGCACCGUCCAUAAGCUACAGUAAACUGCUGAAUACACCCCCACUUCGUUCAUACACCCCCAUGUCCUUGCUUCAUACACCCCCACUUCGCACACCUCACCCUAACCUAAUAGACAAAAUCUUUCAGACAAAAUAUCUCCACUCCAACUCCGCCGUCGCUUCCAACUCCGCCGUCUGUGUUCGUACCAAUUCUAAGGUUGAUUUCUCAUCUCGUCCUUUUAGAGUUUUUACUGAUUCAAGAACCGUUGAGGCUGAUUCCGUUAUUGUCGCUACCGGUGCUGUUGCGAAACGGUUACCGUUUACUGGCUCUGGUGAUGGUCCUGAUGGUUUCUGGAACCGAGGGAUCUCAGCUUGUGCUGUUUGCGAUGGUGCUGCUCCGAUCUUUAGAAACAAGCCGUUAGCGGUGAUCGGAGGUGGUGACUCGGCUAUGGAGGAAGCAACGUUCUUAACAGAAUAUGGUUCAGAAGUUUAUAUAAUUCACCGUAGGGAUACGUUUAGGGCUUCGAAGAUUAUGCAGAGUAAAGUUUUGAGUAAUAGUAAGAUUAUGGUGAUAUGGAAUUCGGCGGUGGUUGAGGCUUAUGGAGAUGGAGAGAAUAAGAAGCUUGGUGGUUUGAAGGUGAAGAAUGUGGUGACUGAAGAGGUUUCUGAUUUGAAGGUUUCUGGAUUGUUUUUUGCAAUUGGUCAUGAACCUGCUACUAAGUUUUUGGAUGGUCAAUUAGAACUUGAUUCGGAUGGAUAUGUUGUGACGAAGCCUGGGACGACGAAGACUAGUGUUGAGGGAGUUUUUGCUGCUGGGGAUGUUCAGGAUAAGAAGUAUAGACAAGCUAUUACUGCUGCUGGCACUGGUUUGAUGCUACUUGCAUCUCUUGGAAGCGAAUGCGAGGAAACUAUGUUAAAACAAUUGAUGUUGUUGGAGUUUGGCAAGAGAACAAUGUUGUUGAAACUGAAAAGACCAUUGAAGCUCUUAAAAGAGUUGCAUAGUAAAUUUAGAAAAGUUCUCAGAAUUGAUGUUAUUCUUGUUGUAUAAAUUGUUGUAGACCUUUGGAUGUAUUUAUAUAUUUUAAGUUAUUUUAUGUGUCAUCUUGGGUAGAAAUUGUAAUAUCACCACAUACAUAUUGUAAAGAAUUUAGACCUAUAUUUGUGUACUAUCGAUUAAUGCAAUUAGAUUUCUAAUGAUUUUGCAAUAUCAUUUUUCUGGUUUCAA